UCCUGUUUCUUUCUGAUGCCCUGAUCGGAUUUUUGGAUCGAUUCGUCGCCUUCUAUUCUGCCCUAAUCUCCAAUUCCUCAUCCUCCUCGAUCAUUUCCCUCACGGAUCGAUCAUCUCGGAGCCGUGAAGCGGAGCGUACUAAGAGGGGCUGAUCGAUCUACAUUUUUUUUUGAUUUUUUUUUCUUUGCUUGGGAUCGAAUAAGAGGAAGGGCGGGCGAUGGAGUCGGGCGGCGAGCCGGAGCAGAGCCUCCCUCUGACGGCGGAGGAAGAGGCCCUGAAGAGGAAUACCGACUGCGUCUACUUCCUCGCGUCCCCAUUGACAUGCAAAAAGGGAACUGAGUGUGAGUAUCGCCACAGUGAGGGUGCCAGGGUUAACCCCAGAGAUUGCUGGUACUGGUUAAAUGGUAACUGCCUGAAUCCAAGAUGCACCUUCCGGCAUCCGCCGCUUGAUGGUCUGUUUGGAAUUCCGGGGACUACUUCAGGGUUAGCGCCAAUUCCCUCACAAACUGUAGCAUUGACACAUGUUCCUGCAACAAAUGGUCCUGCUUCUUAUAACUUAAACAAGAGUAAUGUUCCCUGCUAUUAUUUUCAGAAGGGGCAUUGCUUGAGAGGUGAUAAAUGCCCUUUCAUGCAUGGACCACAACAAACAGGUAAUCCUGUUCCACAGCAGGUGGUGAAGGUUUCUACACCUCCUCCUGAUCCAGUGUCAACCAUCAAGAAAGAUUCAUGGGGUCUCAAGGAAUGUACUUCUCAGCAAAGCAUGGAUGAAGCAAAGUUUGACAAGUUAGUUGAAAUGCCUCUUGCUCCUGUAAAACCUGCUGCAAAAUCUGAAAAUGUACCCGACAAUGGUUUUGCAAAUAAGCAAACUACAUUGCCUUAUGCAUCCGAAGAUGAGCUUCCUAGCUUCCAGCAAAGCAAUGUUCCUGUCAAUGGUGGCAUUGCUCUUGGCCAGCCCCGAUGUCAUCAGUCUCAGUCUAUAGAUGAGCACCUUCAGAAUGGCAGAGAAGCUGAUGAGUCCUUGAGAGAAUCCUCUCCUGGCUUCGAUGUUCUUGUAGACAAUAAUGUGGAAGAGUCUGAUUACUUCCAUGAUGAAGGUGGCUUUCGAAGAGCACCUGUUCAAGGAGGAAGGAAUCUGAACCAUGUCAGUGAUUUUGACUAUCACCAUUCUGACUAUGAGCCUCUUCCCAGUUUGGAGAGAGAUCAGUAUAAUGGAGUGUUUGAGUAUGACAGUUAUGGAAGGUUAGAUAAUCGGUAUCAUCAAGAACAACAGAGGAUUUCCUGUGAGAGGAUUCUGGAUAGAGCAUCAAUGCCUGAAAAGAGAAUGCUGCAGAGAGAGAAGAGCUAUCAUGACAUAGAUGGGUCAGAUUUACGCCAUCGGUUAUUGAAGCGAAGAAGGCCAGAUAGUUCUAGAUCGGCUCUUAGUCCUGAUCGCUGCGGCAAACUCGAUCAGAGGGAUAACCAUGCUCGUCAUGCCCACAGGGGUGACCGACGUAUUCAUAUGGAAAGCUCCAUAAGCAGUCGUCUGCAAGGUCGAAUAACUCUCCCUGCAAGAUCUUUACCAGAUCGACCUACUGAUCUGCGGUCAGAGAGAGAUAGAGAUAAGAGAAGACACCGAGGAAGAUCAUCGCCUGCGAGGUCAAUAAAUUACCAAGGAAGGUACCAUGAUAAAAUAAAGAGGCGGCCUCACGAUGACUUCUCAGAUGUGAGGAAUGUUGGUGACCAGCCAAUCAUAAGAGAAGAUGCAGAUCCUCUAAACUUUGCUGGUCCAAAAAGUCUUGCAGAGCUCAAAGGUGCAAAGCUUUCGGAGAAUUUCCAAGAUCUGAAAAACAUCAAGUUGGGGAGAACUUUUGGCAAUCAAGAAUCCGAAGGUUCUUCAUUUGAGGGUCCAAAGCCUCUCGGUAUCAUUCUGAAGAGGAAGAGAGAGCCUGCUUCUGGAAAUGGUGCAAUUUCCAGCAAUGGGGAUAACAAUAAUCAGAGAGAUAUUGAAGGUGGGAUUGGUUCUUCCGUCACAGCAGCGACUGAGAAAGAAGGUGAUUAUGCUGCUGACUGCCCUGCAGAAUCCAAGGUUACUGGAGUUGAUGAAGAGGAAGAAGAGGGAAUUAUCCCUGUAGAAGAAGAAUUACCUAAUGAUGGUCAAACUUCAACUAAAGGAAAUAUACAUGAAGUGGAAGUUGGCAUGACAGUGGGUGCUAUGGAUGAUCAGGAGCUGGAAAAUUAUGGCCAGAGAGAUGGAGAGUCUGACUAUGAGGCAGUUGAGGGUGGGGAAUUCAAACAAGAAGAUGCUGAGAAUGCAUAUCAGGAGGAUGAAGAGGAUGACGAAGAUGACUUUGCUAAGAAGGUUGGUGCCAUGUUCUCUUGAAGACUCUGUAUUGGCUCUUUGAAUGCAUGAAGAGGCACCAGAGGCCAAUGAUGUCAACUUUUUGGGUCUUUUGGAGUUUCAUGGCACCACAACUGGAGUCUUUUUUAUCCUAUCUGGGUGGUUACAAGAAAAACCUCGCACGGGGAGAAGCUAGGGUAGUUUGAAGGUUGACCAUAUGCAUUGUAAUUUUUGUGGCUCUGCAGUUUUCUUUACUGGGGUUUUUUGGGAGCUUGAGUUGUAUUAGAUACCUAACAGAUAUUUAUUUGGUUUAUAUUUUAACCAGAUUAAUAAGAUUAUGAAUUACCCAAAAAAGGUUUGCUCCAGA